CCUGCCAUUGGCUCCUGUUGAGCUCCACCCCUGUCAGAUAACACACGUUAGACCAGGUGGCGAGAUUCACUUUAACACUAGUUAAACUUUAGUUUUUGGGACUCCUGAAGUGAACUGAGGAUAUGGAGUUAUCAACAUAUUCAGAGAAACAACAUCUGAUUGAGACUCAUUUGGAGCAUCAUAAAUGUACGAGUUCUCCAGAGGAAAAUUAUUCAGACUCUUCAUCAGAGUUGAGUGAAGAUGCCUCCGGUGUGGAUGGCCUGCGGCGGUCUGACCAGCUCUGCCAGGAGACGGACACGAUGUCGGGAGCUGAAAGAGACGCCAGACGACUGGCCAGAAGGAAGCUUUUGAUCGCUUGCGCCGUCAGCUUCGUCUUCAUGACCGGAGAAGUGAUUGGUGGAUACGCAGCUUCCAGUCUGGCCAUCAUGACAGAUGCAGCACAUCUUCUGACUGACUUUGGCAGCAUCAUGAUCAGCAUCUUCUCUCUGUGGAUCUCAUCCAGGCCUCAGACACACAGCAUGACCUUUGGAUGGCAUCGAGCAGAGAUUCUGGGUGUGUUGCUGUCAGUUGUGUCCAUCUGGGUUGUGACAGCAGUGUUGGUCAUAUCAGCCAUACAGAGGAUCACUGAUGGAGACUACGACAUCGACAGUCAGAUCAUGCUCAUAACCUCAGGUUGUGCUGUGGGGGUCAAUGUCCUGAUGGUCCUGAUCCUCCAUCAGUCUGGUGCUUCACACGGCCACAGUCACGGCUUUCCCACCAGCCAGCUGCAGACGGACAAACAGCGUCAGGGGCACGGUCACCAUCAUGGCCACCGUCAUGGCCAUGGCAAUGCCAGUGUGAAGGCGGCUUUCAUCCAUGUGGUGGGAGAUCUGGUGCAAAGUAUCGGAGUCCUGCUGGCUGCCACCAUCAUCCACUUCUGGCCUGAAUAUAAAGUUGCAGAUCCUAUUUGCACAUUCCUCUUCUCGGUUCUUGUUCUUGGAACAACGCUUCCAGUCACAAAGGAUGUUUUCAGAAUACUGAUGGAGGGCACUCCUCAGGACAUUCACUUGGACACUGUGAGAGAGCUGCUGCUCUCUGUGCGAGGAGUUAAGGCUGUUCACAGUUUGCACCUGUGGAGCCUCAACAUGACUCAUUCUUUACUUUCUGUCCAUGUGGCCUCAGGCUUCUGCAAGUAAAAUCACGUACACUGUUGCUAGUGCUGAGGACAAAAUGAAAAUAAAAAGAAAAGGCGAGUCACCAUCUCACCACCAUGAGAAUAAGAGAAGUGUUGAGUAAAAUAUAUGGAUAGGAUAGGUGAUGAUGAUGAUGCAUGUUUACGAGUAUUGUAAACAAGAAAUUUAAGUAAGUGUUGCCUGUGUUUGUGUCUUCAGAAGAAGAUGCUGACACACAGAUCAUCCUCAUGAAGGCAACAAAGCUUCUGCGCUCUAAGUUUGGUUUCUCCAGCAUCACAAUCCAAGUGGAGCGUUAAAAGGACGACAGCUGAUGGCACCAGGACUGUGGAGACUGAUGACAGAGCAGGGGGGUUCCUUAAGCGCUGGUCGUUCCUGCUUAACUGCCUCCUACUCGCCCCCAAUCUGACCGGCUAUUGUUACAACUGAACGUUUUAAAAUUUGGUGGUGUUUGUGGCACUGUGUACAUCAAUUUCUGCAACAGUUUUUACUGCAAGGCUGUUUUGCGUGCAGAUGAUUACUAAGCAAUAUGCUUCCAGCGUCACCGCAUUUUAUUUACAGGUGACGAGUGAAUGAGUCAUUGAUAAAAUAUUUAUUCAUGCUGU